UUUGAUAUAAAGGCAUCACCACUCUCUACUUUCCCAUAGCACUUCGAAACUCAACCGGCUUCGCCCUUUCAUUGCUUCCUUGCCUGUCUUCAACCUCCUGCAAACAUAGCUAUGAGUACUGAAAUGGUGAUGGUUGAUGAAAUCCCUUUUCCCCCACAAAUCACAACUACCAAGCCACUGUCUCUUUUUGGUCAUGGUAUUACCGAUAUUGAGAUUCACUUUCUGCAAAUCCAGUUCACAGCGAUUGGAGUUUACCAUGAACAUGAAGUUGUAGGACACUUGGAACAAUGGAAGGGAAAGCCUGGAAACGUGCUAGCAGAAGAUGAUGACUUCUUUGAGGCUCUUGUUAAUGCUCCAGUGGAGAAAUUUCUGAGAGUUGUGGUGAUUAAGGAGAUCAAAGGUUCCCAAUACGGAGUGCAGCUAGAGAGUACUGUGAGGGACCGAUUGGCAGCUGUCGACAAAUACGAAGAGGAAGAAGAAGAAGCCUUGGAGAAAGUGGUUGAAUUCUUCCAGUCUAAAUACUUUAAGAAGGAUUCAAUCAUCACAUACCAUUUUCCUGCAAAUUCAGCAACUGCAGAGAUUGCAUUUACGAGCAAGGGAAAGGAGGAAGCGAAAAUCAAAGUGGAGAAUGCAAAUGUGGUUGAGAUGAUCAAGAAAUGGUACUUGGGAGGAACAAGAGGAGUGUCUGCAACUACAAUUUCAUCUUUAGCUAAUGGCCUGUCGGCCGAGCUAUGCAAGUGAAGACAUGCAGUCUUAUAAUGAAGUUCACAGGCAUUAAUGUCUGAUAACCAUUCUGUUUGUUGUGCUUCUGUACCAAUAAAUUUGAUCUACAAGUUGGUUGGUUUUUCACUUAUUAAGAACUCAA